AUUUUAAUGAGCAAUCCUUCUUCCCUUCUUGAAUAUCAACCAGCCAAAUAACCCAAUCCCAACAUCAUAAAAUUGCUCACUCAACAUCAAGACUUGUUUCUCAUUCAGAAUUAAUAACCUUCUACUUUAGGGGUUUAAUACCCUCUAAAAUUAGAUGCAAAAGAAAUGCUUAUAGAAGUUCAACCGGAUCAAAAAUUCACACAUCCUAAAUACUACUAAAAAGACAAUAAAGUUCAAAAAAUUACUAAAUAACCUGCAUAACCUGCCUCUACAAUUUUUGUCGAAAGCGGACUUUGUGAUCCAAACAAAAAAGCUUGGUUUUACUUAGAUGAAAAUUAAAAGUCAUAAGGACCUCACACAUCUGCAGAAAUUGAUUAAUUGAUCACUAAAGGCACUAUUAAUAUGCAAACUAAAGUUGCUUUGGAAACUUUAGAUAAAUUGGUUAGAGUCGAAAAGAUUGUUUAAGCUGUUAAUAAAAAAAAAGAAGCAGAUUAAAAAUUAAAAGAAGCAUAAAAAUUAAAAUAAGAAGAAGAAAAUCAAUAAAAGUCAAUAGAUUCACCCACUAAAGUCGAAAAAUUAGAAGAACCUAAAGUUUAAUAGUCUAAACCAAAAGUAGAAUAAGGAAUUGACUUUGAAAUAGACUAUUCAAAAAUUAAAUAGAAUAUUGAUAUGGGAUAAUGGGCAAAGCCAUUGGUGGCACAACCUAUUUAAGUCAAAGUUACUAAAGCAUAUACAAAUAAUCCAUAAUAAUCAAAACAAAGUAAUAAGCCUACCGAAAGAAAAAGAAGCGAUAAUAAGAGUAUGCAUGUAGAAGGAAAUAGAGGAAAUUUGUAUUAAAAAAAAGGAUAUGAAAAGUAUUUAUCAACUUAAAUCUUUUUAGAUAAUAAGAAGUGAUCUUAGAGGAAAAACCAAAAGAAGAAUCAGAUGGUACUAUUAAUCAAGAAGUUUAAGAUUAUUUAAAGAAAUUGGAAACAAGAAAACCAGAAAAAGCAGAAAUUUAAUAAUAACCAUAAAAAAUCCAAUAAUAAAAAACUUAAGUUUAGUAGUAAUAAAAAUUAAAAACUGAGCCUCCUAAAUAAGAAUAAAAUUAAUAACCUAAAUAGUAAUAAGAAGCUGUUGAUAGCGCUGAUGAAUGGGAAAUAGUUGGAGCAAAGAAGAAUUCAUAGCCCAAAAAAGAAUAAUAAUAAAAAUAAUAGGCUAAAGUUGAAUAACCAACAACUUAAAAAUCAUAAUAAUAAUAAUAAUAAUAAUAAUAAUAAUAAUAGUAGUAGUAGUAAGAUGAUGAUGAUGAGGAUGAAGAUGGAUGGCAUACUGUAGGUGCUUCAAAUAAAGAUAAAAAAAAGCCUGUUAAUAAAAAAAUUUAAUAAAAAAAUUCACAUAUUCCUGGAUUUGCUGUUGAAGUCAAGACAGAUUCUAUCACAAUAUCAUCUGGAUCAGCAAAAAAACAACCGCCAUAAAAAUAAAAAAAACCUGAACCUGUAUAAUAAUAACAAUCUACAUAAGCACAACAAUAAAUUUAACCAUAAAAUAAUCAAAAUGAUGAUGAUGAUGAUGAAGGUUGGAUUGAAGUAGAAGUUGGUUAGGCACCAAAAAAGGUUGCCUAAUCUAAAAAAGGAAAAUGA